UCCUUCAUAUAAAUGCCGAGAGGGGUUUCCCAGCACGGUUUUUUGGAGGCAGGAGGAAAACCAGCCGCACCAUGAGGGCAGCUGUCACCCUGCUGCUGCUGCUCCUCGCCACCGCGCGCGCCGAGCACAGAGGUAGGGCUUAUGUCCGGGACAAAGUCUGCCAGGAGUUCAAGACCCUGGGGAAGGACCAAUUCCGAACCCUGACCAUCAUCGCCAACAGCAGGAAAUACUCCAAUGCCACCUUUGAGGAGAUCAACCACCUCGUCCACGAAAUCGUCUCUCUGGCCGAAACCUGCUGUGCCGAAGGCACCGACCCCUCCUGCUACGACGCUGGGUCCUCGGCUCUGUCAGCCAAAUCCUGCAGCAGCCAGUCGCCCUUCCCGGCCCACCCCGGCACGGCCGAGUGCUGCACCCACGAGGGGCUGGAGCGGAAGCUGUGUCUGGCCGCCCUGCAGCACCCGCCCCAGCCCGUGCCCAAAUACCUCCAGCCCUCCAACGAGGAGAUCUGCCAGGCCUUCAAGAAGGACCCCAAGGACUUUGCGGACAGGUUCCUGUACGAAUACGCGAGCAGCUACAGCCAGGCACCCCUGCCAGUGCUCCUGGGCUCCACCAGGACCUUCCUCUCCAUGGUCUCCACCUGCUGCAUCUCCCCGACGCCCACUGUCUGCUUCCUGAAGGAGAAACUGGAGAGGAAAAACCUCUCCCUCCUCACCCUGAUGUCAAACCGAGUUUGCUCCCGCUUCAUGGCAUACGGGAAGGACAAAGUCACCUUCAGCUACCUGGCCAUGCUCACACAGAAGACGCCCGGUGCUUCGUUUGAGGAUCUCUUCCCUCUGGCAGAAGAUGCUGCUGAGGUGUUUUCCCAGUGCUGUGACUCGGUGGCUGAGGACUGCAUGCAGAAGAAGUUAUCAGAGCACACCACCAAAAUCUGCAGCGUGCUGUCAGCCCAAGACCAGAGACUGGCUGACUGCUGCCAGGGGAAAAACAUCAUCAACAACUACUUCUGCAUCUCUGCCUUGCAACCCGCACCUUCCCCCAGGCUGCCAGAGCCGCCAAAGCCGACGAACAAGCAGCUGUGCGGGGAGGACGGGGCCCGCCAUGUCCAGAGGUACCUGUUCGAGCUGGGGCGGAGGCACACCAGCGUCCCCGACAUCUUCCUCGGCAAGCUGUACGACGCCUCCGAGAAGGUCAUCAGGGAGUGCUGCUCUGCCAAGGAUGUUCCUGCCUGCCUCGACAGCAAGCGUCAGCAGAUGGAUGGAGAGCUGCCUCCCUUCCUGGAAAAGGCCAACCAGCUCUGCAGGGAGUACAACAAGCUAAACUUCCUCGACUUCAAGAAGAAGCUGCGGGAGAGCUUGAUGCGGACGACGCCGGACGCCAGCCCCGAGCAGCUGGGGCUGCUGGUGGAGCAGCGAGCAGAAUUCGCCUCCACCUGCUGCCCCGCCACCUCGCCCCCCCUCUACUGCACCUCCAAGGUGAGUGUGGCACUGGGCAACACGUGCAAGGGCGGCUCCUGCCUGCUGGUGUGAGCGCCCCGAGGGCGCGCAGGGAAGCGGGACGUGCGAGGGAGCACCGAGGGCUCGCCUGGCAGACGGCUGCUUUGCUUCGCACCGGGAGAGGAAGGUGCCACUGAGCUCGCGGCUCCCGCCUGCACAGCGGCAACAGCGCCCACGUAUGCCUGCAGCUGCAAUAAAGCCUGAAACAAGCA